UGGCGCCUCUCGCUGCCUGGGCUGGGCCUCCUCGCUCGCGUGCUCCGCGGCCACGACGCUCCUCGGCCGCGCCGGCCGGACCCCCCUCAUGGCCGCCAAGUGGUUCAAGGAGUUCCCGCUGAACCUGAAGACCGUGUCCGAGCGCGCCAAGCCCGGGGGCGCGGGCAGCGGCAAGCCGCGCAGGAGCGCCGAGGCCAGCGGUGCGGGGCCCGUUCCCGGCAAGGGCCGCAAGAACUCGGCGGCCGAGCUGGGGGCCGGGAGGGCCGGCGGCGCCCCCAAGGACAGCCGACUGUCCCGGGACAGCCUGCAGGGUCUGAUUCAGGCCGCGGCGGGCAAAGGCCGCAAGAACUCCCGGGCCACGGAGGAGGAGCCCCACCGGGGCACGGCCAAGAGCUCGGGCUGCAGCACCUACAUCAACAGGCUCAUCAAGGUGGACACCCAGGAGAAGAACGGAAAGAGCAGCUACCCCGGCGGCGGCGGCGGCGGCAGCAGCACCAGCACCAGCAGCACCAGCAGCAGCUGCUCCUCUGCGUCCUCUUCACCUUCCUCCCUGGGCCCCGAGCUGGACAAGGGCAAGAUGAUGAAGCAGCAGGACACGGUCAUCAUUUUGGAAGACUACGCUGACCCUUACGAUGCCAAAAGGACAAAGGGUCAGCGGGAUGCAGAGAGAGUGGGUGAGAAUGACGGUUACAUGGAGCCCUAUGAUGCCCAGCAAAUGAUAACAGAAAUCAGACGCCGGGGCUCCAAGGACCCCCUGGUGAAGGCUCUCCAGCUUCUGGACAGCCCCGGGGAGCCCGGCGAGACCGGCGCCAAGUCCGAGCCGCUGGCCAAGAGGCGCAGCUCCAAGGACCUCCCGGGGAGGCCGCCGCAGCUCUACGACACCCCCUACGAGCCCACCGAGGGCCAGCGGGCAGAGGGGAGGGCGCGGCCCGGGGACAGCAGGCUGCCCGAGGACGACGAGAGGCCGGCGGCCGAGUACGAGCAGCCCUGGGAGUGGAAGAGGGAGCAGAUCGUGCGCGCCCUUUCGGUCCAGUUUGAAGGGUCUGAGCGGCCUUCCGUCAAGGAGGAGGCCGUGAGGCAGCAUCACCGGCAGAAGAGCUGGACCCAGAAAAUCCUGAAGCCAGCCCUGUCUGACCACAGCGACGGGGAAAAGGUGGACCCAGGCCUGCCCCUGGAGAAGCAGCCCUGGUAUCAUGGUGCCAUCACCCGGGCGGAGGCUGAGAGUCGACUACAGCCCUGCAGAGAAGCUGGGUACCUGGUUCGCAACAGUGAGUCGGGGAACAGCAGGUACUCCAUUGCACUGAAGUGAGUAUUCGGCUUCGUGGGCCUCCCUGCCUCAGGGGAGGGUACACCUACCACGGGGAGAUCACCAACCCAAGAUAUGUAGCUUAGCAGGGCGCAGUGGUGCGUGCCUGAAUCCCGGCAACCGGGGAGGCUGAGGCAGGAGGAUUGCAAGUUCAAGACCGGCCUCAGCAACCUUAGUGAGAACCUCAGCAACUUAGCAAGA